GAUCAACAAUGAUCAAGGAUCAAACUAACUACUUGCUGAAUGGAACUCUUCAAAGUUGGAGGUCAGAAAAUCAAAGAGGAGAAAAAAAGGUGAUAACUACCAGUUGAAAAUGAGACAUGGCUACAUGGGGGCCAUCUCAGCCCAAGAAAAAUGUGUCUCAGAAAGGAAAGAGACCCAUUAAACUUUAUGUUACAACCUUUACCGAUGAGUUUGACUCAGAAAGAGAUUACUUGAACCAAGAGGUUUUGCCGGAGUUGAAGACUUGGUGCGCUAGUAAAGAUUUAACAUUGAAGGAAAGAUUUGUGAAAUGGGGGUCUAAAUCUCCUCAGUAUCGUCAUGUGGAUGAACUUGAAAAGGCCCAGACCAGCAUUGAAAACUGUUACCACAGUAGCAUCAUGCCAAUAUUUAUCAACAUUACAAGUGAAUCGAUUGGCUGGAUCCCUAUGUGGGAGGAGUAUCCAGAUGAGGAGGUGGAAGACUACAUGGAGACCUAUGGACUGUUGGUGGAAGAUCUGGAAGUCAUGAAAGCAGCGUACAGACAGGACAAUAUGAACUCUCUAUUUCUGAUCAGAGAUGACUCAUUCUUAAAUGAAAUCCCAGAAAGUGAAGCCAGUUACUUCCUGAAGAAAAGUACAGCAUCAGAAAAAUUGAAGCUGUUUGAGGACAAGAUUUCCAAAAAGAUCCCUGCUAAGAGAAUAUUGAAAUACUCUGCCACAUACUGUGAUACUUCAACAAAUACUGCUAGAAAACCUCAGCUUAUUUUCAGUUCUUCUUUCAAAACAAUGAUUAUGGACUUUUGUAAACAAAGGAUCUCAUUCGAUUAUUUUGGAGAGCAGCCUCGCUUGUUUCUGUCUGAUGACAUUCCCAGCAAGUUGGAGCAUUUAGAGUACAUGAAAAACAAAAGCCAACACGUGCUGGGACGAGAUGAGAUCAUUAGAAAUAUAGAGAACUAUAUCCAAAUUGAGGACAAGGAUGUGCCAUUGUUGAUUUUGGGAGAUGCCGGGGCUGGAAAGUCGUCCAUUCUCUGUCAAGCAGCCUUCUCCAUCUACAACAAAGUCCAGGAUGAGGAGUUCCCUGGACCCAAUGGACAGCGAUGGAAUGUGUUCUUUCAUUUCACUGGAUCUGUUCCGGGAUCUAAUUGCUUGGAGUCCAUGUUAAAGAGACUGCUUAUAGAAAUGGAGGUCUUAAAUGACAACAACAUUCCACGCGGAAUGGAUGCCACUGCCCAGAUGUGUUGUAGCCUUUUGUCCAAUCCUAACACAAAACCUAUGAUAUUGUUUAUUGAUGCUCUACAUCAGUUUGCAGAUGAACAGGCAGCAAGAGUCAUGUCCUGGCUACCAAGAAAACUAGCCCCCCAAGUGCGAUGUGUAUUUUCCAUUCUGACAGAUUUUGUUCAACACAAGACAUUGGUUAGCAGAGAGACAAAGCCUAUAGAGUGUGCCAUACCAUUAUUGCACCUGGAUUCUAGAAAGAAAAUUGUGACUGAUAAGUUACAAGGAUAUGGAAAAACAAUUUCUGAAAAUCAAAUGGUGAAAAUCAUGAGGAAGGAAUCUUCCUGUAAUCCUCUGUGGCUGACAGUUGUAUGUGAAGAACUUCGUGCUUUGGAAAAUUCGGAAGACAUUGACAAAAAAAUUGAAUCUUUACCAGAAGGUCUUCUCAAUUUAAUGGAAACUGUGUUGAAAAGAUUUGAGAGUUCCAGUGAGCGGGAUUUAACAAUGGCCACCAUUUGUUUACUGGAGGCAUCUUCGGCAGGGCUGAUGGAGAAAGAGUUACGACAGUUACUUGGGAAUUCAGCAACUUUAAUGCCGCCUUCAGAAUUCGAUGAAAAAGAGGAGAAAGAAUCCUCAGAAAAAGAAAUUUCCAAAAAAAAUCUACCUCUUCCUGAUGAGAAGUGGAAUGCUUUGUUAUCACAACUGCAGCCAUUUCUCACACCGUGUGGAAAGUCUGGCAAAGGGAGAUUAAAUCUGUAUCACCAAACUCUUCACCAUGCUGUUCAGAAUAGGUUCUUUAAACAAGGUGAAAAUGAAAGUGGAACAGAGAAGGAGGAUAACUUUUACUGGUGGCAUAAAAUGCUUGCCAAAUAUUUUGAAAGUACAGACAACCUAGACAGAUAUGUAGAGGAAUAUUUAUACCAAUUAGUGUGCUUAGAUGAUAAAUACAGGCUUAGUCACUGCCUCUGUGAUUGGAAGGUGUUUGAUGUUUUGUAUAAUGAGGAAUACAGCUCAAAACUGCUAGGAUAUUGGAGAAAGGUUGGAAAAGCAUUGGAGAUGAUCUCCAUGUAUGACAAAGCUCUGAAGAUGUAUGAAGAGGAUGAGGCUGUUGAUGAAGAGGCAAUUUCUAUUAGAUAUGAAAAAGUUUGCAGAGUUGUAAUUCAAGCAGGAAAAUAUCAAGAAGCUCUGGAGUUGUUAAAAACAGCACUAAAAAUAGAAGAAAAGGAACUAGGGGCCCGGCCUCAUCGAAUGGUAGAACUUUAUGCCCUUAUGGCGGAGAUCUAUGAUGAGAAACUGAAGCUGAAUGAUUUUGUCAGCCCAAGUCAGAUUCCUGAUCUCAGGAUGACUAUUCAUUAUGGAAAGAAAUCUAUAGCUCUAAGGAAAACCUUGCCAGGAAACUAUCAUAAAUUUAAGCUAGGAAUGAGUUUUAUGAAGCUGGCUUUUAACAUGGAGAGUUGGGAGGCUUGUGGAGGGGGAACUGAACUCUCUGGAGAAGAAGCCUUAGCUGUAGGAAAUAAAUACAUCGACAAAGCCCUGGAAAUAUUUGAAGAGUUGAAUGACAUGGGACAUUAUGCAGAGGCACAGAUGACUAAAGGGGUACUUGCACCAAGGGGUAGCAUGGAACAGUUAAAGUUGUACAAUACUGCAAAAGAUCUGUGCAUGCAAAUGUAUGGGGAAUACCACAUCUUGACAUCAAGACUUUACAUUAACAUUGGAAUUGUAUACGAGGAUAAUAAUGACUAUAAGAAAGCGUACGAGUACUUCAAAAAGUGGGCUCGAGUAAGUGAAGAGAUAUUAGGGCCAGAUCAUCCAAAGACACAGCGUGCUAAAGGUGUGUUAAGAGAGACGAGAUACAAAAGAAUAGCCAAUAGUCUAGGAGAGCUUGGAGAAGGGGAGGUGCUGGACAACACAGAGGUGGACUCGAAUGAGGACACAGAUGAAAACCCGGAGGAGCCUGAGAGAGCUGAUGUGGAAAACUUCCAGUCCACUCAUUCAGACCUGGAGAGAUACUGUGAAGAUGAUGUGGAAGUUGUUAACGAGGCAUCCAACCUGAAUAACAGCAGCAGUAGUGCUAGCAUAGAGAGAGAAAACAACACUAAUGAUAUUGGAAUUCUAUCUUCAAAUUUGGACAGGAAUGAAGAAGAAAAUUCUCAGGCACUUAUGAAUGGGUAUUCCUCCGAGUUACCAAUCAAUUCAAGUAGUGAAGAUGAAAGUGAAGAUAUGCAUGAUGAUCAGUCUGAGCUUUAUGCCGAGGACUAUGUAUUCAAUGCAGUUAAUGACCCUGUGAUAGAUGAAUUCAAUGUUAAUUUAGAUGACAGUGAUGAUGACGAUGAAAUUGUUCAGCUUGCUGCACAUGAAAUUAAUGUAGGGGAUGUGGAACAUGCAGCGGAGCGUGACAAUAGAUAUGAGGAUAGGUGGGAGGGUCAUGAAAGCAGUAGCUCUGAGAGUGAAACAGCUCCACUGGACCUGAAUAGACAGCUGACUAGGGAUAGAAACUAAUAACACAGCUGUCACACCUAUACAAAAGAAAAUUUCAAGUCUAAAAGACAUGUAUACUUUUUAUAAAACAGUCAUUGGAAAACUUAUUUGCCCCUACUGUGUGUUUCGUGAACACUGUUAUUUAAAUAGCAUGUUUUGUUUAAAGAUAUUUCAAAAAGAAAAUUUACUUUGUCUUUAUUGUUACAAGAGUUGUUACAAAUGUAUGUGGUACAUUUAUUUCUCUCUGCAAGCAUAAUUUACUAUUUUUGUGGUUUUUCUCUCAGCUGAGCUGAAGGCUCUUGUGAGAGUUUCUGAUCAAAGUUUUUCUUGUAUCUGUUUUUGUUACUGAUAGGACAAUUUUGCUGAACUUGGUACCAUUACAGCACCUUUCUUACCCUAAAGCUCAUUACAUGCAUAAUGAUGAAGUUUUACCGUACUUGUCAUGCUGAAUUCUAUAUCACUUUAUCAAUCAGAGCUUCCAUUUUAGUUUUAUUUUUAAUUCUAUUUUAGUACACAAAAUUCAGUAUGAAUCUAAAUUAUGACCCAUAACUGAUUGCUUGGGUUAUUUGAGCUUUGUUCAGGUGGGAUAAAUGUGGUCCAUGAGCCCUUUGUUAAAAUUUUAAAUUAUAUUUGUGAUUGAAAUUCAAACCAUGUCUGAGACAAAGUAAAAGUUACAUUAGUGUAUUUGAAAAUGAAAAUACCUAUUGGUAAUAUAUGUCUGUUUUACUUUCUAUCAGUGAAAAUUUAUAGUCCUUUUCAAAUGAAUGUAUUUUAUCAAUGGGAAAACGUUUACUUUUUAUGCCCAAUUUUGAAGUGCUUAUACAUUUUCAUGUAUCAGCUAAAGUUAUGAAAUAAAUUUGCUAUCAAUUAAGCCAUGAA